CACACAUACACACGUACGUACACACGUAUGCUCACACGCACACACACACACGCACGUAGCAUGCAUGCACACAUGUAUACUAAUAUACAUGCACACUCACACAAGUUUUGUAGCAGCAGCAACAACAACAACAACAACAGCUCACACUCGGCCACAUUAUUAUUAGAAGAAACCAGUUGUAGAACUGAACUAAAAAGCACGCUUUGCAGCACUUCACCGUUCACCGUUCAGCGUACAGUGUUCAACGUUGAAACUUCAGAGUGACCGGGCGAGAAAUGAUGAACACAGCCGCCGACUGUAUAACAGACGACCGUUCGCCAUGUAAGAAAACUGAUGCUCUGUGUCUGGUAUGUGGUGACCGAGCAUCUGGCAAACAUUACGGUGUUCUUAGUUGCGAUGGGUGUCGCGGUUUCUUCAAGAGGAGCAUCCGUCGAAAUCUCGACUACGUUUGCAAAGAAAAUGGAUCCUGUGUAGUAGACGUUGCAAGAAGGAACCAGUGUCAGGCGUGCCGAUUCAAGAAAUGUCUGGAAAUGAAAAUGAACAGAGAUGCCGUUCAACAUGAAAGAGCACCAAGAUCUUACCAACAACGACACUCGGGUCCAGAAGAAAUCAGAAGACACAAUGAAGAAAACCAAGUACCAUUUGUCCCUAUUACGAAAAUUCUGGACCACCCAAGAUUGGAUUAUGCCCAGUUUCACCAGUACAGCACCCCAGUCACACUGCACCCUGAAUUACCCGGUUACAAUCCAGGCCAAGUGUUUCAGCCAAUUACAAUCCAAUUAGCCGACCAAAAUAGCCGCGCAGCAACUGCAGCUUUUCUCCACCCUCACCACCAUCAUCAUCCAUCACAUCUACCCCAUCACUAUCCGAAUCACUUGUUACAGCCAGGUACUACACCCAGUGGAGAAAUGGGCUUCCGACCAGCAAUAGUAAAAAUUCCGUCUGGGGAACUAAAUAUACGCGGAACUGGUGGAGGAGGAGGGGGAGGUAGUGGUGGUGGCAGUGGUGGCAGUAGAAAUGAGAACAACGUCGACUGUACCAUCAAAGAAAAUUGUUCGUCACGCGUUUCCGGAGAAUGUUCCACACCGACGCAUCUGAAACGUGAAAAGACUGAAUCAGACAGUACAGAAUCUUCUGGAGGUACUUCACAAGAGAAUUCAGUUAGCACUACAACAUCUAUCCAUCCACCGACAACCCUAAAUGGUAACCAGCCCCAGACAUUUCCUUACAAAAUGAUCCCAGCGUCCGCCGUAAAUAUGAAUCCUUCAUCGUACCAACCACCGUUUGGCAUGUUAGCUAACCCCCUCGCUGGAGGAGACCAACAUUUUUAUGUCAAUAAUUCCGGUGUAGAAAGCGUCUACGAAACAGCAGCACGCCUCUUAUUUAUGUCGGUGAAAUGGGCACGAAAUAUUCCAUCAUUUCUUCAACAGCCAUUUCGCGAUCAAGCCAUUCUUUUGGAAGAAAGCUGGAGUGAAUUGUUCAUCCUAAGUACGUCACAAUGGUCAAUGCCAAUCGACAUUGCCUCAUUAUUAACAGCUAAUGGUUGGAGCUUGGACACGCAGCAUGCAGAGAAGACAGCUUUCAUGAUGACGCAGCUCCGACUGCUUCAAGAUAUAAUCAAUCGCUGUAACGAAUUACAUGUUGAUGCAACGGAAUACGCAUGUCUUAAAGCAAUAACUCUUUUCCGUCCAGAGGUUCGUGGACUACGAGAUUCAAAACAAGUUGACCGUCUCCAAGACCAAGCUCAGUUAAUGUUAAGUGACUACACUUCAAGACAUCAUUCUUCCAUGCAACCUCGCUUUGGCAAAUUAUUACUGCUGCUCCCCAGUAUAAGAAUGAUAAACCCACGUUCCUUAGAAGAGUUAUUCUUUCGUAGGAUGAUCGGUAACAUACCGAUCGAGCGACUCUUGUGUGACAUGUUCAAGUCGAGUUAAGGAAUCAGUUGAUAUACGUAGGAAUCCUUGACAAUGUCGUUGUUUAUAGUAUUUUUGUUUUGUUUUGUUUUUUACAUUGCAGAAUGGGGCCGUUUUCAAAUAACAGUUGAAACUCUUUCUGCUCUACCAGAAUUUUCAGUCGAACAAAAACAAUUUGAAUUCAAAGACAGAAAAUAUAAAACAUUUUUUAACUGUUUUACUAUUUGGAAUUGAAAAUUUUUCAAAUAAAAAUAUUUUUAUUUCUUUGUUUAAUGUACAAAACAUCUUCAAAUAUAACUUCAGAUUAUAAAUAAUUUAACUUAUGAAAAUUAUUAAAGAAUAUACUGUAAUAAAAUCAUUUAAGAAAGAUCAAAUAAAUUGACAUUAAUUGAAAGAGGAAAUAAUUCUGAAUAAAUGUUAGACCUAAUUUGAAAACGGCCUUUUCUACAUUACCUUUUUUGUUUUCCAUUCUCCUUUCUUUCAAUAAACAUUACUGUUCGAUGUAUAUUUAUGUUGAGCCUUAAAUUACAUGAGAAAGAUUACUAAGCAUAACUAGGUUGAGACGCUGUUAACCCUUUAAAUACGAAAUUAAAUUUCAUGGUUAUUCCAGUAAUGUCUACUAAAAAAUUGAAUUGGUAUUUGCUGCAAGUUACGGUGUCUCAAUAAAUCUGACACAUCUCGACAAAACAAAAAUAGUUUCAAACAUGACAUUAAUCAGCAAAAGAUAGAUUGGUAUAUAAAACUGCUUUCUGCAGUUAAGGAUAAUGAAAUUUUGU